GUCUGGGGAACGGUGACACUCUCGGUGCAAUCCUCCAGUGACGCAUUGGAGGGAUAUACCACACGUUUACGUUUAUAACCAGAGACAACAACCUAAAGCAAGGACCAACAUCAAGGACCAUAACGGGGGAAAAAUGGCGUCCUCCUCCCAGGAAAAGAUGCCCGUCGAGGCAUUAGAGACGGUCGAGUCGGCCAGAGUCUCGGGCGCCGACGCCAAAUCAGCGGCACACCAGUCCCCCGACGACUUUGGAUAUACGCCGGCCGAGCAGAGAAAGAUCAUCCACCGUGUCGACCGCCGCCUGGUGCUGACGGUCGGCGCCAUGUAUUGCAUCAGCCUGAUGGACCGGACCAACCUCGGCGCGGCCAACAUUGCGGGCAUGAAGACGGAAUUGGUGCUGAUCGAUAGUCGAUAUGGCAUCAUCUCGCUCGUCUUCUUCAUCACCUAUGUCCUCUUCCAGCCCCCCUCCACAGUCAUUGUACGCAAGAUCGGGCCCAGGAUCCAUCUCGCUGCCAUCACCGUACUCUGGGGCGCCGUUAUGAUCGGCAUGGGCUUCGUUAAUCGCUGGGAGGAUAUGGCGGGUAUGCGGGUUGUUUUGGGUGUGUUGGAGGCUGGCUUCUUCCCGAGCUGCGUCUACUUGCUCAGCACAUGGUAUACGAGAUAUGAGGUCGGCAAGCGAAACUCGGUCUUUUACCUGGUCGGGUGUUGUGCCUCUGCGUUUGCUGGUAUCUUGGCCUACGGAAUCAUGCAAAUGGCCGGCCUAGCCGGGCUCAGUGGCUGGCGUUGGAUCUUCAUCAUCGAAGGCAUCAUCACGAUACUGCUUGGUAUCGCCGGCUACUGGCUGCUUGUCGACUUUCCCGACUCGAAGCGCCACACCUGGGGGUUCCUUAACCAAAAGGAGCGGGACUGGAUCUGCGCGCGUGUCAACCUCGACCGCGGCGACGUGAAACCGCAACCGUUCUCACUGAAAAAGUACCUGCGCCCCGGGCUGGACCUCAAGACAUGGGUUUUUGCCAUGAUCUUCUUCAACACCACAACCGUGACAUACGCGCUCGCCUAUUUCCUGCCCAUCAUUCUUAUGCAGAACAUGGGCUUCGACGUGGGGCAGGCGCAGUGCCUCAUCGCGCCCCCCUACGCCUUUGCGGGCAUCAUCAUCUACGGCACGGGCUGGAUAGGCGAUAAAUACCGCCUGCGGGGCCCCAUCAUUGUCUUCAAUGCCCUGCUCUGCCUCAUCGGCCUGCCCAUCAUGGGCUUCCACGCCAACGCCGGCGUCAGGUACUUUGGCGUCUUCCUCGUUACGGCCGGGGCCAACGCCAACGUUCCCGCCGCCAUGUCGUACCAGGCGAACAACAUCCGCGGCCAGUGGAAGCGCGCGUUUUGCAGUGCUACGUUUGUGUCGUUUGGUGGUAUUGGUGGGAUUGCUGGUAGCUUGGUUUUCAGAGAUCAGGAUGCGCCAACUUAUAGGCCGGGACUGUACGCCUGUAUCGCGUCCACGCUGUUGACGCUGCUUCUUGUGGGCGGAUUGAGCGUGUAUUUCUACUUCGCUAACAGGAAGGCCGACCGGGGUGAGAAGGAGCUUGAGUGUGACUUGGACGACAACUAUGAGCCCGGGUUCCGCUAUACAUAUUAGGGGGCUGGUUGCUGUCAAGGGGCAGACGUACCAAUGAUAUAUGAGCAUUAUGUUAUGAUUUACCAUCCGGCACGAUCCGAGUGGGCCUGUAGCGACCGGUUGGAAAAUAUACCCAACAUCAAUGUCCCGCGUGCGCUUCCGUCUUCAAUCUGGAGCCCUGCUGGCAGACAUAGCCGGCGGGUAAUGGGAUCUACUACUGCUACUGCUCUGGCUAAAUGAAGCUACCAGGUGCUGAGCUCUCCUGCAGCAACAUGCACCAAUUAAUG